AUGCAGCCGGAGCUCCCGGUCGGCUCCGCAGCUCUGCGCGGCCGCACGGCCCCGGACAGCCCCUAUCCCGGCCCCUCGCCGCCUGCGGAGGCCACCAAGCCUCCCUACAGCUACAUCGCCCUCAUCACCAUGGCCAUCCAGAGCACUCCUGAGAAACGCAUCACUCUGAGCGGCAUCUACCGCUACAUCAUGGGCCGCUUCACCUUCUAUCGCGACAACAAGCAGGGCUGGCAGAACUCCAUCCGUCACAACCUGUCGCUCAAUGAGUGCUUCGUCAAAGUGCCUCGCGACGACAAGAAGCCGGGCAAGGGCAACUACUGGACUCUGGAUCCCGACUGCUACAACAUGUUUGAGAACGGCAGCUUCCUCCGGCGCCGCCGCCGCUUCACCAGGAAAAGGGCCCUGCGGGACGGUGAGGGGGAUGAGGGACGCAGGAAGACCCCCAAAACCCGCUCACGGGCACCGCUGCCAGACGAGGGGAAAGCGGAGAGCGGCUUUGCGUCGCCGACAGCAGAGCAGAGAGCAGAAGGCAUCGGGGCGCAGGGCUGCGCCGCGCAGAUCUGUGCUCACCCGCAGUCCAAAGCGCCAUUCUUCACCAAGGAGCCGCUCGGGGUCCCCCAGGAGAGCCGCCUGCCCGCCCCCCCCCAGCCCAAGCAGACUGCCUUCGGGGGACCCCCGGCCGCGCUGCCGCUGCCCCGGCCAGGUCAGUACCCACUGCCUGUAGAGCCCGGCCACCCCGCACAGCGCUCCCCGCACCACACUGCGUCCCCCCCGGGUGAUCUGGAGGGCAAAGAGCCAGCGGCCCCCGCCGUGGGGCUGGGCCAACCCUUCGGGCAGGUGUCUCCCGUCUUCCCCAGCACCCUGCUGGGCACGGGCAAACCCCCCCCAUCUUGCUUCCUCGACGGCGAUGGCUACAAACAGCCCCCCCUGCCCGUGUUCGGCUCCUUUGGCCGCGCGGGGCCCGAGGCUCUGGGGGGCAGCUACCAGUGCCGGGUGCAGGCGCUGAGCUUCUGUGUGAACGAGCGGCCGUGCGGUGCGGCGCUGGAGCAUCUCCUGGCUGCGGCCCCCACCGCUGCCACCGCCGCCCCCCCGGCCCCCCGCCAGCCGCCCUUUGGGGUGAGCGAGCAGAAGGAGACGUGGGGCACGGGGGGGACGAUCCCGCUGCAGGGGGGCGGUGGUUACCCCUUGGGGCUGCCCCACUGCCUCUACCGGACGCCCGGAAUGUUCUUCUUUGAGUGA